GCCGGGCGCUUUUCUCUUUCAGUGAGCGCGCACGCAUCCCUACAGCGCCUCAGCUCAGCCCAUGGUGGGGCGCGCACGCAUCCCUACAGCGCCACAGAUCAACCCAUGGUGGGGCGUGCGCGCUCCCCUAGCCGAAUAGUCGGAAAGCAGUUAUGGCAGAGGAAGGAGGUGGAGGUAGCGAAACGGGACCGGCACAGGGUAGCACACGAACACCCUCCCCAGCGCCGACACCGGAACCGGGCACAAGUGCGGACACUGAGACCCAAAAGGCCGAGCUCGGGGACUUACUGAAAUCAGCGCUAAAGAAAGGAGAUGAGUGGUAUCUCAUUGAUAGUCGAUGGUUCAAGCAGUGGAAGAAGUAUGUUGGUUUUGAUGCCUGGGACAUGUACAAUGUUGGAGAAAGCAGUCUCUACCCAGGGCCUGUUGACAAUUCAGGACUUUUUGCAGAUCACGAUACUCAGGUAUUGAAAGAGCAUCUAAUUGAUGAGCUGGAUUAUGUGUUGGUGCCAACCGAGGCCUGGAAAAAAUUAAUGAACUGGUAUGGAAGUGUUGAAGGACAGCAUCCAAUUGUGAGAAAGGUGGUAGAACAUGGUCUUUUUGUAAAGAACUGCAAGGUGGAAGUUUACCUCAUUGAGCUAAAGUUAUGCGAUGAUAGUGACCCUGAAAAUGUGAUUGCACGGCACUUCAGCAAAGCAGACACCAUAGAUACUAUUGAAAAGGAGAUGAGAAAUAUAUUUAAUAUCUCUGCUGAUAAAGAGACGAGGUUAUGGAACAGAUACAUGACUAACACAUAUGAACAGCUCACCAAAAAAGAAAGCACUGUGCAAGAUGCAGGACUGUAUCAGGGCCAGAUGAUAGUCAUAGAGCAAAGGAAUGCAGAUGGUACAUGGCCUAGACAGCCACAAACAAAGUCAAGCACAGCAACAAGUAGAAAUUUUGCUACCUCUGGAAAGCCAUCAACAAGCAGCUACUCUACAUCCUCUUCCAUGACAAAUGGAGACAGUAGUACCUAUUCUCAGAACAACAGUUCAGGCUUGAACAAAGGAGGAUACACUUCAUCUUAUAGUUCAUAUAGUUACAGGGAGCCAUCAUCACAGCCCGGUCUCUGUGGCCUUAGCAAUCUUGGGAACACUUGCUUUAUGAACUCUGCCCUCCAGUGUCUGAGUAACACCCCACCCUUAACAAGGUACUUUGUGACGGAUGAGUAUAAGAAGGAAAUUAACAGAGAAAAUCCACUUGGUAUGAAAGGGGAGAUUGCGGUGGCAUAUGCAGAACUGAUUCGGCAAAUUUGGUCUGGUGAACACUCUUAUGUGGCACCACGUAUGUUCAAAACACAGGUUGGCCGAUUCGCUCCACAGUUCUCUGGGUACCAGCAGCAGGACUCUCAAGAACUACUAGCAUUUCUCCUGGAUGGUCUCCAUGAGGAUUUAAACAGAGUCAAAAAGAAGCCAUACUUAGAGCUGAAAGAUGCUAAUGGGCGGCCUGAUUCUGUUGUGGCAGCUGAAGCUUGGGAAAAUCACCUGCGGCGGAACAACUCCAUCAUUGUAGAUAUUUUCCAUGGACUUUUCAAGUCUACCCUGGUGUGCCCAGAGUGUUCUAAAGUCUCAGUAACUUUUGACCCGUUUUGUUAUCUCACCCUUCCUUUGCCCAUGAAGAAAGAUCGCACCAUGGAGGUGUUCUUUGUUCGUUCUGACCCUCAUUGCAAACCAAAACAGUAUCGUGUGACAGUGCCGAAGAUGGGAGUUGUUUCCGACCUGUGUUCAGCUCUAUCUAAGUUAUCAGAAGUGCCAGCUGAAAAUAUGGUGGUUACUGAUGUCUAUAACCAUCGUUUUCACAAAAUAUUUCAAAUGGAUGAGAUGCUGAGCCACAUUAUGGAGAGAGAUGAUAUCUUUGUAUAUGAAGUUAAGCCUAGAAAAGCUGAAGAAUGGGUUACACUUCCCAUUUGCUUCCGAGAGAGACGGUACCGGCAGGCCACAUCAACCGGCACAGUCUUGUUUGGCCAGCCCAUAAUGAUAUCUGUUCCAAAGCACAAUCUCACUUUAGAUGUUCUAUAUGAAAUUGUGCUGGAGAGAAUACAACGGUAUGUAAAAAAUCCUCAUCCUGAGUCAUAUUCCUGCUCAAGUACGGACAGUGGGGCGUGCAAUGGCUCGAAUGGUAUAUAUGAUGAUGAGAUGGAUCAUCAAGAGGAGGAUGCAGAUGAUCAGGAAGAAUCUCAGGAAGAGACCAAUGGGCAAUCUGAUGAGAGUGUGGAAGAAGAAAACUCUGAGGGCGGGUGUAGCCCCUGUAACAAGAUGCCAAAGAAGGCCUUGGUGUGCCGCAAUAGGCUGUUCGCCUUCAGUUUGGUGAAUUCAUAUGCCACUGCAGACGUGGGAUCGAUGCCUGCCAAGGGAUACCUAAAACUCAGCUCUUUUGCCACAGUUGCCAUUGACUGGGAUUCUGAAAGCAAGAAAUUGUUUUAUGAUGAUCAGGAAGCAGAGGCUUUUGACAAACAUGAAUCAAUGACGCAACCUCAAAAGAAGAAAGUAACAGUUGCACUACGUGAGUGUAUACAGCUCUUUACAAAGACUGAGACCCUUGGGGAGCAUGACCCCUGGUAUUGUCCGCACUGCAAAAAACAUCAGCGAGCCACCAAGAAGUUUGAUCUUUGGUCCUUGCCAAAAAUCCUGGUGGUACAUUUAAAACGUUUCUCAUACAAUCGCUUUUGGAGGGACAAGCUGGAUGCUGUGGUUGAGUUUCCAAUCAGGGAUCUGAAUAUGUCCGAUUUUGUCUGUGACCCACAAGCAGGUCCCUAUGUGUAUGAUCUUGUUGCAGUUUCAAACCACUAUGGAGGAAUGGGAGGAGGUCAUUACACAGCAUAUGCAAAGAACCAGGAUAAAGGCCAGUGGUACUAUUUUGAUGAUAGCAGCGUCUCUCCAGCUUCUGAAGAUCAGAUUGUGACGAAGGCAGCCUACGUUCUUUUUUACCAGCGCCAGGAUAACAUUGAUUGUAAAAACUCCUCACCUGCAGCCUCAAUCAGCAGUCCUGCAGCGGAGGAAGAUUUGGAAGAGCGAGGAGAUUGUGACUCUAUGGACACCAUGUAGUGGUUUUAUCCUUCCUGUAGACAGCUGAGAAGGUGGCAAAUAUCCAGCAGACACUGAGACCUUUCUAAGUCACCUUAAUCUGUUUUACAUCUUUCUGCUCUGAGAUGUACAUACUUUGAACGAAACACGACAUGUGGGUCCCACACACCAGGAUUAACUAUGUCUACUUAAUCACUCUGGAUUUUUAUUUUUGGAAAAGGGGAACUGAAUUUAUUAAAUGAAAACCUCUGUUGUUCCUCUCAAAACAACCCGUGAAAGCAUCAGUUGUGGGAUGGAAAGCCAAAUCAUACAGAAAACUAUUCAGUAUAAGAGUCAUUGGUCAUAUAUGGUUUGGUGUCAUUUUUACUCAGCAAGGAGUAUACAGUUAGUCCCUUGACUUUACAUUACCUCCCCCAUGUGUACUUUGAAAAGGAAAAAAAACACCAGCCGCCUUUGCAAAGUAAUACAGAGUACUGUACCACUGGGUAAGCCCUGUGUAAGUCUGCAGGUGGGAUCACUGCUUCCAGCAAGAAAGUGUUAAAGAAGGGUGCCACAAGAUUGUUAAAUCUGUUCAUGGAAAUGUAUCUGCUUAGAAAGCAGGGUAACCUUUGUUUCUUCCCCCUUUCGGGCGGGUUAUAUUUAUUGCUCUUUAUUUUAACUGGACAGUCUCCCAAUUGGUUAAAGCGCCAUAUACACAAAUUGAAUGUGGAUUGCUGACAAGUGUGUUAACGCAGCCUUUUUACUUCCUUUUGUCAUUAUCCUCCUCUGAUUGCCUACAAUACACUGUCACUCGGUGCAGAGAUACGUAAAUCACCUGUGUACCUUCCUGGCAGCAAAGGGGUUAAUUUAGAGCACCCAUUUAAACUUAGACAAUUUAAUUUAUAGUUUGUAUUGUUUUUCAUGCCUGAAUAGCUGACUCAUUAAGUUGUGUACCUGCUGUGUGCCACGUGGUAGCACUGAGUUUUACAUGGGUUAAGCUGGUGUUGUUCAGCACAACUGGAAACACAAGGGUCCCUUGAAACCUUACCCAUAAUCAGUAGGUUGGGUAUUCCGACAUACAGCAGCUAAUAACCAAGUGUGGGUGGCAAAAAAUAUAUUUAUUUUUUAGAAAGGGUGGCAUGUAGGAUUCGUAACAGAGGCAGGGCCAAAUGCUCUUACACUGUGUCCCAUGAAACUUCUGUCUUUGCUGUACUGGUAAUAACAUAUGGGUGGGAAUAAUGCUGAAGACAAGUAGCUUUCUGAAGGGGAUUGUGCGUUGCUUUUGCGCAAAAUAACAUGCUAAAAUAUUUCCACUUUUUCCCAAAACUACAGCCUUUUCUUGCAUUCUACCUGCUUCUAAAUAUCUUAUAACUGGAUAUGGGUCAGUCUGAAGCUACUGCUGCGUGGAGUGGCCCUUACAGGGUUAAGCACAAUAACAGGGUAUGAAUUAAUUGGAACAGAUAUGGAUGGGUGGCACAAGGUGCUGCAUUAGAGCAACUGAUCUUACAAAGUGCACUUGCAAUUAUUUACUACUCAGUAGCAGACAUGCAUUGUAAUUGGUUCAUUGCUAUGAUGGUAUUCACUGCCAUGUUCAGAUCUUGAAAAGAUGCUGUGGAAAUGACAGGUAGCAAGCUAUAAAAGGCAACUAAAGCUUUGGCACUAUAUGGGUUUCUUAUGUUGGUGGUAAUACAUAGGCCUGAUGUACCGGUUACCAAGGACAGCUGCGUGUUCUUUCAGCUUCUCUAUCUGCUUAGGUGUUCGGCCCAUGCUGUAGUUAACCUGGUCACACACACGUGAUCACUCUCCCACCCCAAUACCCCAGGGUUAUAAAGGGGUACAGAGGGGCUUUGUUACUCUCCAUAGGGCUGCUGUGUGUGGGAGGCUAUGCAUUGUUACUGCUAACAUUGAUUUUCUAUGAAUGCUUGAUAUGGUUUAUACUGUAUAAAGAAUGGAAAGUUCUCUUUGCACCCACUCCUUUAAGGCCCAUUGAGGCCUCUGGAGAUAUGAAAGUUAUAUCAUCCUUUGUAGAUGGUAAAUCCUUGUGUAAUAUUACAAGAAGGCACCGGAACAGUGUAACGGCACGUCCUACCUCUGUUGGGUUUUCUUAGUGUGAUCUCCUAAUUUAGUCUGCCACUGUCAUGCCACCCUAGAAUGAAUUGAAAUUGCAAAGAAAUGUCUGUGACUGGUGAUCAGCUGUGUGUGUGCAUGAUCAGUUUGCAUAUCCUUGUAUGAAGGGGAGAGCUUUAAUUGCCAAGGGCUCUUACCCCCCACAUAGAGAGUAGCUGCUAGUGACAGUGGUCUAAUGGAGAAACAUCUGCUGGUCACUAGGCCACUGUGACACGUAUCAUCAUUUGUUUUUAAUGAAUCCAUUUUCUUGAUGAUGAUACCUUCAAAACAGGAUAAUAAGUUCCUCUGUUUAGUGGAGAUAACGUCUGUGAAUCAGUUCUCACCAAGGUCAAUGGCAGAUUGAUCAAUGCAGCUCAGUAUUAGUGACUGGAACGCCUUUUCCCUUGGCCCUUGAAGUUACCUACAGCAGCUUUGCUGCUAGUUAUAUUGUGGUGUUAUUACUUUUUUUUUUUUCUUUUUUCAUUUGAAGAGCUGUUAGGGUACAAGGUUGAAUGAGCCAAGCUGCUGGAAUGCUUGUGAAGGUAAGGUAGUCAUCCUAGCUGCCAGAUAGAUUAAAUGAAAGCUUUUUAGAGCUGUCAUUCAGAAAUCACCAAAAAAAAUGACCCAAAGCAAAGUGCAAUAGCACAGCACAGUCUCCCUGAUACACUUUAUUUGUAUAUUAACUUGCCCUUCAGUUGAAUGCAUUGGGAAGCCAUUGAUAUGCAAUGGCUCCCCUGUUGAAGGAAUUCCACACAUGUAACACAUUGCUUAACACACACACACACACACACACACACACACACGUCACAUUGGUCACAUUGGUCACUGCUAUACAAAUUUUAGAUUGCAGAGCUUACAGCCCUUUGCCAUUAAGUCUGGCCACAUGGUGGCUGUCACUGCACUAUUACAUGAGUCUGUGCUGCACUGGUUUCACUUAAAUAUAUAUAUAUUUUCUCUUAAUCUAUAUAUGUGGAAAAAUGAGUAUUUAAGUUAUCUAUUUCUUGGUCUUUUAACCCCUCUCCUGCCAGAAGGUCAACUUGUAUAAUGCAUAAAAGUGGUACAGUCUUCUCAGUCUUCUUCCAUAAUAAAGAUUUGAUCAUCACAUAGAACCAUUUAAGCUUUAGGUCACAUUUUUAAUUUAUGGCAAAAGUAUCGUUUGGCAGUGAGAUGGGCACCCGACUGCCAGCCAUCUGAUCAUAGUGUCACUCAUAGCCAUGUAAUGCAGCAUGUCAGAUUCUGUAUUAUUGCUGGAAGGUUAGGACAUGUGUUGGAAGAAGUCAUUAUCAGCUGUACAAUGAGUAGACUGCAUUGUGGUGCUGGGGGUUAUAGAAUUGUUCUUAUUUCAGACCUAUUUGUAAUGCUGGCACUUUUUGAGCAUCUGGCUUUAUUAUAUAAAGAGGAAAUAAAUGGGUGUUGGCAGCUUG